AACCAGGCGUUGUUCAGCGCAGGCGCAGCAUCCACCUGCGUCCUCUCGUGCCGUUCUCAAUCGGAGCUCGCUUGAGCUUCCCGGCUACCGUCCCCGGAAGUGACGUGACGUCCCAUCUGGUCCGUUCCGGCGGCGGCUCCUCAGAAACUGUCCCUCCCCCCCCGGGGAGAGUUUUAGCAAAAAUGGAUUCUCCGGAAGUAACAGAGUUGCAGCAAGAAGUGAUGGAGGAGUUGGGGAUCUCUAUGGAAGAGCUCCAGCAAUUCAUUGAUGAGGAGCUGGAGAAGUUCGAGUGUGUGAAGCAGCGGAAACAGCAGCUGGAAGAGCUGGAAAAGAGCGUGGAACAGAAAGAAGCAGAAGUUGCAUAUGUCGACCAGCUCUUUGAUGAUGCUUCAAGAGCCAUUGGUAAAUGCGAGAUACUGGUAAAAGAUCUCUACUCCAAGCUGGGCCUUCAGUAUCGUGAGAGCAGCUCUGAAGAUGAGGACUCAGCUUCCAAGCCCACGGAAGUGAUCGAAAUCCCAGAUGAGGAUGACGACGAUGUUAUGAGUAUUGAUUCGGGUUGGAAGCACAGUGAUACAAGUAACCGAAUCUCAAAGGAUCAGACGCUGCUUCGAGAAGCCAUGGCUGCGAUGAGGAAGUCUGCCCAAGAUGUUCAGAAAUUUAUGGAAGCUGUUAACAAAAAAACAAAUGCCCAGGACCUGCAAAAAGAUGGGCUGUCCUCUCCACCGAGCUCUGUUGGCGUGUCCCAGCAGGUGAGCUCUGCACUUGCAGGGGGUGACCUCAGCAAUGACGGUGACCUGGUGGUUGGUAUGCGUAUCCUAGGCAAGAAGAGGACCAAGACGUGGCACAAAGGAAUUUUGAUUGCAAUCCAGGCAGUAGGUGCUGGUAAGAAGUUCAAAGUGAAAUUCGACAACAAAGGGAAGAGUUUGCUUUCUGGCAAUCACAUUGCGUAUGACUAUCAUCCCUCUGCUGAGAAACUCUACGUUGGAAGCCGGGUUGUGGCCAAAUACAAGGAUGGGAAUCAAGUCUGGCUCUAUGCUGGUAUUGUGGCUGAAACACCAAACAUGAAGAAUAAACUGAGGUUCCUGAUCUUCUUCGAUGAUGGCUAUGCUUCUUACGUCACUCAGUCGGAGCUAUACCCGAUCUGCAGGCCACUAAAGAAGACCUGGGAAGACAUAGAAGACAUUUCCUGUCGUGAUUUCAUAGAGGAGUACAUCAGUGCCUACCCAAACCGUCCCAUGGUAUUGCUGAAGAGCGGCCAGCUGAUUAAAACAGAAUGGGAAGGGACCUGGUGGAAAUCCAGAGUGGAGGAAGUGGAUGGCAGUCUGGUCAAAAUCCUCUUCCUGGAUGACAAACGCUGUGAAUGGAUUUACCGCGGUUCCACACGGCUGGAGCCUAUGUUCAGCAUGAAAACCUCCACGGCCUCCACUCUGGAAAAGAAACAAGGAGGGCAGAUGAGGACUCGUCCCAAUGUUGGUGCUGUGAGGAGCAAAGGGCCCGUAGUACAGUACACACAAGAAUUAACAGGAACCAGCACCCAGUUUAAACCUAUAGAACAAAUCCAAGCAAUGUCUGUAGCUGCACCAUCUGUUUCCCCACAGCCUGCUGAGAUAGAAAGCCCCGAAAGUCAGCUGGCUCAGUCCAGAAAGCAAGUGGCCAAGAAAAGCACGUCCUUCCGUCCUGGCUCUGUGGGGUCUGGGCACUCUUCGCCGGCUUCUCCUGUCCUAAGUGAAACUCCUCCCAUGGGAAAAGCUGCAGUGAACCAGCAGUAUCGUGGAAGCUAUUCCAGUGGCCAGCCAGGCAGCAGCGCAGUGCAGCCGUUCCACGGCAUGAUGGACCGGGUGCCCAAUGAGCCCUCAUACCGGGCCCCGAUGGAGAAGCUCUUUUACCUGCCCCACGUCUGCAGCUACGCCUGCCUGUCGCGGGUCCGCCCCAUCCGGAGCGACCAGUACCGCAGCAAGAACCCCCUCCUCAUCCCGCUUCUCUACGACUUCCGGCGCAUGACCGCCCGCCGCCGCGUCAACCGCAAGAUGGGCUUCCACGUCAUCUACAAGACGCCGUGUGGGCUGUGCCUGCGCACCAUGCAGGAGAUCGAGCGCUACAUCUUCGAGACGGACUGCGACUUCCUCUUCCUGGAGAUGUUCUGCCUAGACCCCUACGUGCUGGUGGACCGCAAGUUCCAGCCCUACAAGCCCUUCUACUACAUUGCAGACAUCACCAAAGGCAAGGAGGACGUGCCGCUGUCCUGUGUCAACGAGAUAGACACCACCCCUCCUCCGCAGGUGGCGUAUAGCAAGGAGCGCAUCCCGGGGAAAGGAGUCUACAUCAACACCGGCUGGGAGUUCCUCGUGGGCUGCGACUGUAAAGAUGGCUGCAGAGACAAAUCUAAAUGCGCCUGCCACCAGCUGACAGUCCAAGCAACAGGCUGCACCCCCGGUGGGCAGAUCAACCCCAAUUCUGGCUACCAGCACAAGAGGCUGGAGGAGUGCCUCCCCACAGGAGUCUAUGAAUGUAACAAGAGAUGCAAAUGCAACACGAACAUGUGCACCAAUCGCUUGGUACAACACGGACUCCAAGUCAGACUCCAGCUAUUCAAGACUCAGAACAAAGGUUGGGGAAUCCGCUGCCUUGACGAUAUUGCCAAGGGCUCUUUCGUCUGCAUCUAUGCAGGGAAAAUCCUGACGGACGACUUUGCCGACAAAGAAGGGCUGGAGAUGGGGGACGAGUAUUUCGCCAACCUGGAUCACAUUGAGAGCGUGGAGAACUUCAAGGAGGGCUACGAAAGCGAUGCCAAGUGCUCCUCCGACAGCAGCGGCGUGGACCUGAAGGACGAAGAGGAAGAGAACACCGGCACCGAGGAGCAGGAGGAGUCCAACGAGGACAGCUCCGACGACAACUUCUGCAAGGACGAGGAUUUCAGCACCAGCUCGGUGUGGCGCAGCUAUGCCACCCGCCGGCAGACCCGGGGCCAGAAGGAGAACGGCCUGUCUGAGACAGCCUCCAAGGACUCCGGCCUCACCCGGCAGAUCAGCCACGACGAGGUCGCCGUGGCCGCCGCCUGCAAACUGCCUGUGUCCGAGGAGACCUCCAAAAACAAAGUGGCCUCCUGGCUGAGCUCCAACAGCAUGUCGGACAGUUUCCAGGACAACGAUAGCGCCUCCUCGUUCAAGAUGAACGAGGCCAGCGAGGUCAAGGCAGGCAAAGUAGAAGUCCUGGGUGACCGGGACAAGCCCUCCACCUCUGGGCUUGGGGGCAAGGAGGCCUUUGGCUUGGAUGCCGACUCAAAGAUGCAGAAGAAAGAGGAAUCUGAAGAGCCAAACAAGCUGUCGAUGGCAUCCGAGACAGGCAAGCUGUACGGCUAUAAUCCGAGCCCCAUGAAACUCGAGGGGAUCCGGAGGCCACCAAGCAAGACUAUCAUGCAUCAGAGCAAAAGGCACUUGGCUCCUCCCCAGCAAGCAGCUGACGAUGUGCUGACGCUGUCAAGUAGCACGGACAGCGAGGGCGAGAAUGGCCAGCCGGCGGCAGGACAAGCGCAGGGCAACACGAAUGAUAGUGAUGACAUCCAGACUAUUUCCUCUGGCUCAGAGGAGGAGGACAUCGACGAUAAAAAGAAUUCCUCUUCUGGUCUAGGCCCCGUUAAAAGGCAAGUGGCAGUGAAGUCCACACGGGGUUUUGCCCUCAAAUCGACUCACGGGAUUGCCAUAAAGUCGACCAACAUGGCAUCAGCUGACAAGGGGGAGAACACGCUAGUGCGCAAAAACACCCGCCAGUUUUACGACGGCGAAGAGUCCUGCUAUAUCAUUGAUGCCAAACUCGAAGGGAACCUCGGCCGUUACCUCAAUCAUAGCUGCAGCCCCAACCUGUUCGUGCAGAAUGUCUUUGUGGACACGCAUGAUCUCCGUUUCCCCUGGGUUGCCUUCUUCGCUAGCAAGAGGAUCCGAGCCGGGACUGAGCUGACCUGGGAUUAUAACUACGAGGUGGGCAGCGUGGAGGGGAAGGAGCUCCUGUGCUGCUGUGGUGCUAUCGAAUGCCGAGGCAGGCUGCUCUGACCUGACCACGCCGGUGCCCGCCUCACGAAGGAAAUGGGCUUCUGGCCCUGGAUUCCCCAGGGCUCGUUAUUCUGAGCCAGAAAAAGGUUGAUUCUCAACCCCAGGCAUUGUCCCUCCCCUCCCUGCACAACCCUUUGUCUGUGAGGGUGACAUACUGUAUUUCAUCUCGAGCGGUUUCUAAUUACACCCUGAUUAUUUGUAAUUUUAGCUGUUACAAAGCUGGUUACGUAACUGGGAGCUGCCCCGUUCACUUGAAAAUAUGCCCACAGGUACACAGACCACAACACUAUCAGGUGAACCCAGGGUAGCUUGGCUCUGUGCGUAGGGCUGAGACGGACAGUAAUGUUCCCAGCGAGCGACUGACUCACUGCUCAGGCACUCAGCUAGCUCCUCGACUUAGUACCUGUCCUAGUGACAGCUCAAUUCAAGCAUGAAACACAUGAGGCAGGCAGUACAGAAGGGUCCCCUGCUUCGCCAUCCUCCAGCCAGCCUCUGUUGCACCCAAGUCUGCCAUGUCGAAUCCCCCAUCCCCAAAAAACUAGGCAACUACAAUUAGAAUUGGUGCCCUCUUAUUAUCACUAUUUCAACAAAGGGAAGCAUUUCAGAGAGACGGGUAGAUCAGCCAAUCCAGGAACCGUAUUGGGAUUUCCCUGGGGUAUCACUGAACAUGCUGGUAAGGCCCUGGGGGAGUGAACCAAGGUUGGAGUUAAAUCAAAAUACUGAGGAGUUCAGAAGAAAGGAGAUGUCUGGCCUACUUUCUCUGACUUGGUCCUUUUGUAAAAAAACAACCCUGCCUGCCAUUGUAAGCAAUAAUCGAUGCAUUUCUUAAAAAUAACCUGACCCCAAAUCAGUGCCCCCACCCUGCAGUACAGCAGGAACGUGUAAGUGGCUUGUGGUCUGCUUUUGGGAGAGCAUCACUUCCAGGAGAGGAUUCAGAGCGAGGCAGGCUGUGGGCAAACACGAGUGAGCACGUGGGAUUUGCCUAGGAAUUGGACUCUGGGAACAACGCUCACUUGUUGGUUAGUGAACAACCCCAGGUCUUUAAGGCACUGCCAAAGCCCAUUAUGGCUCCAACUGCGUGAGGCUUCUAUACAGCUGCUCCCAGAUGAUACAGAUGUGGAAGGAGUAAGAUCAAACUUAACUGUAGCAAGGGGAGGCUGUACCUACCCCUGCUUAUACAGUACUCAAAGCAGGCACGAUGAACUCCGGCCCGGAACUCCUCUGACUUCAGGGGAGCUAGACCAACGCUGAUACAACGCGGUUACUUGCUGGAGCUGGAGUAGCCAUGUUGAUUGCAGGGUAUGAGUGUGUCAAGGCAGGUGAGGUAAUAUUUUAUGGGACCAACUUCUCUCACCUUGUCUAGCUCGAGGAAGCAAGAAGGGUCUGAAACCAGAGUUUCUGGAGACUGGUGCUUAGUUACACAGCUGAGGCUGCUUUGCUUGGUCUAGGGUUACAUUAUAGCUCCAUCAAAUAGCAGACUAACGUCUUCUGCAGUGCCAGGACUCUAGCACACAAUUCCGCCUGCCAGGUGAAGGCACAUUGCCUCUCAGAGCUUUGCAUGACACCUGCCCUCCUCAGGGCAGUACAUGUCCAGCCUUCCCUGGGGCUAGAGAUGCCAGGGCACGGAGCUCACAAUGGAAAAUCUAAAAAUAGCGGCUCAGAGAACCGUGCAGCUGCAGGUUUGCAUGAGGAGCUUGAGCUCCUGGGGAUGUGAACAAGCUCCAGAGGCUGCUGCAGCCCCUCCACCCAGCCUGGCUUUAGCAGAGUGAACAAUCACAGACAAACCCUAGCGCCUUCUGGCUGGGGCACUUCAUUUAUUUACAUACACACCCAAGAUACAAACCAGUGAGUGGCUUAGUUUUAGUGAGGCUGCCUCCUCCUCAAAUGCUUUUCAACAAGGGUGUCUAGCAAUGGAAACUGAAGUGGUAAAAUCCAAGUGACAGUAACUAAUUCGAGUGAGGCAUGGGCUGCUAGAGGGGCAAACCCCCACUGCCAGGCUCCAGCUGACGCUGGCGGGAGGAAGCUUGGGCCGCUGCCGUGUAAACACGCACAUCUAGCUUGUGGGGUUUCUCAGGGGCCAGGCUAAGCUUUCCAAGAUCAAAGGGCGAAGCUAAAAGUUGCUCCUUUCCUUAAAGCAAACAUAUUUUUAGGCCUCUUUUUGCAGGUGCUGUAGCCUGUCCAGGUCCCUGCCCAUCCAAAGGGGUGAGUGACUUCCUUGUAAGGGGUCUCUUAUUAAACUCAACCUGUUUACAAAGAGAUGCCCUUUACCAUCCGAAACCUCUAGCACCGGUUUAGCUUCACACACUUGGGAGCGUGGGCAUUGUCACCACGAAUCUGCCAGAACCACCCAGUCAGCACAUGGCACCUGCCAGAGCCUGAGGCGAUCCCUAGGCACCAGCUCUCCAACCGCAGCAAGGGGCAGGGGCCAGGCUGAGUUCACCGAACCAGGCUAGGGGAAGUAAACUGUUCCGGUUGCUCCCUUUUUCCAGCCUGCAGCAAGCCAGCUCAGGGCCAGACCGUCCCCACCCUGCACAGCCCUGAGCUACAAAGAGCAUCAGUGCAGGCCCUUCUAGUUAGAAACCAGUGGGUCAUGGGAACUGAGGGUCCCUGGGCCAGCAAGGGGGUCACUCCUGGGCAGAGAGCUACUACACGUGUGUGGAGAAAAGGAACGCCACCCUUGCUAAUGGGCAGAGUUUGACCAUGGCGUUUGAAGUCUUUUACAGUAAUUACCUUUCCUAGGACAUCUGAAAGCUCCUCCGCUCGCUGUCUCUGUCCAUUUGAGGGGCUGCAUGGGAAUCUGGUAGUGCUAAUGGAGAAGUGCUAUUAAUAGCAGCGUUAAAUCAGUGGCUCGUUCCUCCCAAGCUGCCCGUAGCCACACUAGUAUUUCAGCAGUGUCGCCUCAGAGGGGCUGCAGCAGGUGGCUUUUCUGGGACGUGGGAGGCCAGUUGUGCUUAAAAAUAGGGCAGUAGAAAGCACGUAAAGUUCCAGCCCCCCCUCUCUAAGCAUGCAACACCCCCACUCUGGGCUUGGUUCUCUCAAGUGUUCAGGCUCUUAAAUAAAGGCCUGACUUUCAGAAGUUCCCCACACCUCCCAGUGGGCCUCACCCAGGUUUCCAAGAGACCUCAAAACCCAGCAUGCUGAGUGAGCGCUUUUGAAAAUCUGGCUGCUUAUUCUGAUGCCUUAAAAAUGGGAGCCGAUCCCUGCUAGCCUUGGGAUGCUGGUAGUGACCAAGUUAGCACCACAAGAGGACGCUCCUGAGAAAACCGCACCAGCUCCAGUCUGGCAGGAGCAGCACAGCUGAUAUGAAAACUGCCCCACAUGUUUCAUAGUGAUCCAAACCCCUCAGAUGGGGGGUGGGUGGGAACAGGGUGACACUCCAACAGAAACCACCACACCUGUUUUUACAGAAGUUUUAGUUUAUUUAACUUUUAAUAAAUUUUAACUUUUAAAAAACAACAUUUUGGUCUGAAGUUAGGUUAAUGGUCCUUUUCUCCAACCCCUCUGUCUAGCCUGGAAAGUUUUACUGCCUUCAGCAUUUCAGCCCCCACCGAAUCUGUUUUUACAUGAAAGACUCUGCGGUCCAGUUCCUUUUUGUACUUAGUCCUAGCUUUAAAAAAAAAAUAAAUAGAAAAAGAA